AUGAUGUUCGGCAAAGCAACUGGAGAAAAGAUUGAGCUGGCGAGCACAUCGGCGGCGAUAACCCUCCUUAUUUGCAUGUUGGGUACCCCUAGCGAGGUGGAUGCAACUGCAGGGCACGCUAUCAAGAGACAGCAUUGGGUUGCUAUUUUUGAACUAGGGCAGGAUGCAGAAAAGAUACCAGCUUUAGCACUGACAAACCUGAGGAGCGCUGCAAGCGUGGCCGAAGAUGCAUUCACGAAGCUACUAAGAGCGCUAAUUUACGCGCAAGCUAACCUCACUAGAAGAACCCUACCAAAGGAAAAGGCAGCAUGGUUUUUUUUGGGAGAAGAGGUCGCCGCUGGUCUAGCUUACUUCAAGGGCGGCAAAGCAGCAGCUGACAUAACAGCCGCCCGUAACGCCGGUAGGCUGCAGGGCGCCAUCACAGAAUUCAUUGAGCUCCACGCAGAGGGCUCAGACGGAACUAACGGCUGUCUCAGCGCAGAUGACGACGGGGGCAACCCGAUCAGCGGCAAGGCAACUUUCUCAGGCGCAACAACGGCAUGCAAAGCAAACUGGGAUGACGUAAAAGCAGCAUCAACAAGGCCAACAGUUAUCGCCGCCAACGGACUCGUAGGAAAACUGCAAAACGGAGUCGACCACGACAAUCUAGUAAACGGAGCGAAACAGUGCGAUAUAAACUCAGCGAAAACGACCUUCAAGCUGUCUGACGGGGCAAGCGACGGAACUAACGUGGGCACGCACAUACCGAAAAUGGCGGCAGGCAUAAUAACAGUGGGCACCACGGGACUCGAGAUACCAAGCAUGGCAAGCGUGGGACCGACGACUGGGCACCACGACUUCUUGAAAUCAAUAGUACAAGCAGCAAAGUGCGACCAACACAGACUGCAAAAAGCAGCAGUGGACACCCUGGCAGAGGCGCAGAAGGAACCGAGGUUCAAAAAGGCAACAAAAAUACACCUCCAAAACAAGAAAUCCGACGACCCCGAUGAUGAAGACUCCAGAGAGCGUGCGAUAAAGACGGCAUACGGCGACGACGACGGCAUGCGGAAGGUGCUUUACGCCCACCCAGAUGGCCAACCAAUCCCCAAAGCAGCACUAGGCACCGACGCCGACACAACAUUAGGCCAAAUCACGGACGUUGGUGAACUGAUGCGUUUGUACUUUUACUAUUCGGACUUGAACAAGCAGAAACUACUAGAAGCUGAGAAAAAACUUCAAGAAGUAGAAACCAAGACGGCUACAAAAUCAGCAGAAGACAAAGAGAAAGAAUGCAAUACCAAAGGGAAAGACAAAAAGGAAGAGUGUGAAAAACUAGCGAAAGAGGGGUGCGUUUUUAACACAGAAGCCAAAAAGUGUGAGUUGAAAAAAGAAGUGAAACCUGAGCUAGAAAAAGCAAACCAGGAAACAGGAAAGACAACAACAGAUAAGUGUGGCAUAGAAAAACCUCCUGAGGACUGCGAAAAAGUGCAAGGUACGAAACCCAAAGGAAAAAAUGUCGUUUGUGGUUGGAUUGAUUAUAUUGAUGGAAAGGGCAAAGUUGAGCCAGCUUGCCGCUCUUCUAGUUUUCUAGUCGACAAGAAACUUGCUCUUAUUUCUGCUGCAUUUGUGAGCUUGCUUUUUUGA